AUGGCCGACAAGCUGCGCACGCUCCAGAACCUCGAGGCCAUGCAGGCGCGGUACGUGGGAACGGGCCACGCGGACACGACCAAGUACGAAUGGACGUCGAACAUAAUCCGGGAUAGCUACGCUUCGUAUAUUGGGCAUCCGCCGAUGCUGUCAUAUAUGGCUGUUGGCAUGGGCGAGCCGAAGGAGAAGGUGCGCGCGAUGUUUAUCGAGAAGAUGGUGAGGGGGGCUGGGAAUCCGCCUGAGACGCAGGAGUGA